AUUUCGUUACUGCAGAAUCAUUUCCAAGAUGGCGCUUGCCGAUGUUUGUGGCUUCAAACUCAACGAAGAUUUCGGUAACGAUUAUAGCUUCGGUACUUUACCAACAGUAAAUGAUGCUUUAAGAGCAUCUCUUAAUUUUACUGUGCCGGCAGGAGUAAAUUUGCAGUCAGAUGUUUACAGUGCUUUUAAUGAUGACAGCAACAAUGUGAAAAUUCACUUUGAACAUGGCACCACAACCCUGGCAUUUAAAUAUCAGAAUGGAGUCAUUGUGGCAGUAGACUCCAGGGCUACAAUGGGUCCAUCUAUUGAGUCCCAGAAUGUGAAGAAAGUUAUUGAGAUCAACCCUUAUCUACUGGGUACCAUGGCUGGUGGUGCUGCAGAUUGUAUGUUCUGGGAAAGAGUGUUGGCUAGACAGUGCAGAAUCUAUGAGCUCCGCAACAAGGAAAGAAUAUCUGUAGCAGCAGCUUCCAAGCUACUGGCAAACAUUGUGUAUGAUUACAAAGGAAUGGGUCUUUCUAUGGGAACAAUGAUUAUUGGUUGGGACAAAAAGGGCCCAGGACUGUAUUAUGUAGAUAGUGAUGGUGACAGGCUGUCCAACUAUGUGUUUUCUGCUGGCUCUGGCUCUGUUUAUGCCUAUGGUGUGAUAGACAGUGGUUACAAGUGGGACCUAUCAGAUCAAGAAGCCUAUGAGCUAGGCAAGAGAGGCAUCUACCACGCCACACACAGGGAUGCCUAUUCUGGUGGCAUAGUUAGUUUAUAUCACAUGAAACAAACAGGUUGGGAGAAAAUAUCAAUGACUGAUGUGACAGAUUUACAUUACCAGUACGCAGCAGAGAAAGAGAAAGCUAGGAAAUAGAAACAAAUUUGUGUUGUAUCAUUUUGAUCCGUUUGUUCAUUUUAAAUUGAUUCUUUUGUUUUCUGCUUUUUGACAACAAUGGUUCCCAAACUAAAUCUGUGUAGUCAAACUUUGUAACACCAAACAGAAUCAUUGGAUUAUAGGCUAUGGAAAUCAACUCUUGUGUACUUUCUAUUUGUUGUUAGAUAUCAUGUCACAUUAUGGAUGAGUCUUUUAAUAACUCUUCUAGUUUUAUAUAAAAUAUUAAAAUUUGUUCCAUGAUCUUUCUUUAAACAAAUGUGAAUGUAAGAAAAUGAAAAUAUAUUUGCAAAUGAACAUUGUUUGAAUAAAAUUUUUUUUGUUUUUGU